UUUCAGCACCAGGAAGACUUCCCCUUCUCCAGAUCCACCUUUGUUGAAGUUACAUUGCUUUCCGGGAAACAGCUGCAGAAGCGCAUUAAAGAGCUCAUCCCUCGACAUGUUUCUGCAUUUGCCAACACUGAUGGGGGAUAUUUGUUCAUUGGUUUGGAUGGGAACGAACAGCAAAUCAUUGGUUUUGAAGCAGAGAGGAGCGAUCUUGAACAUCUAGAGAGUGAAAUAGACAAAUGCAUCCAACAGCUGCCUGUCACUCACUUCUGUGAGGAGCAGGAGAAGAUAAAGUACACAUGCAAAUUCAUCCCAGUCCACAGAUCUGGAGCUGUGUGUUCCUAUGUCUGUGCACUCAGAGUGGAGAGAUUCUGCUGUGCUGUGUUCUCUGCAGAGCCCGAUUCCUGGCACGUGGAAGACAGCUGUGUGAAGAGGUUUACUACAGAGGAAUGGGUCAAGAUCAUGAUGGAUGGCCAACCAAGCUCUAGCACAAUUGGUGAAUGAGUUCACACAUGCCCACUGACUGGUCAUGUAUUAGCUGAUGCUCUCAAGGAACACCUGGAGCCUUCAACAAUGCCAUCCUUCUGGCCUGUCACAGCUGAAGCAUUUCAUGGCCACAAGUGGGUUAAGCCUGCCUGUCCCUGAAGCUGUCUAACUGGUGAGGAUUCUUCAGUAGAGGUCUGCUGUCAAUGAACCAUUCCUUGCUGUGGACUUCAGUUGAGAAAAGAAAAGGCCUUCAUAGUUCAGGCUUUAGCCAGGUCUGCAGGACAUUUUCUUUCUUCUUCUGUUUUUUUCUUGUUUAACUUUUUAUUAGUUAUUUGGAAAUUACACCCCAAUUCACAUCAUCUUUCUAUCUCUCCCCAACUGCUCACUGCCUUUGCAACCUUCUUUGCAAAAGAAAACAACAACAACAACCAAUAAAUAAAUUAAUAAAAAAACCCCAAAAAUCUAAAUAAAAAUUAAAAAAUAAAUCUUGCCAUGGGAGCUGUGGUGUGUCACACAGUAUAAUCUUUUGCUCAGAUAUCUUUACUGACAAAUGUUUAUUGCAAUGAGUUAUUGUUGGGGUUCAAGGGUUCUGGCUUCUACUACACUAUCAAUGCUGGAUCCUCCUCUGCACCCCUUUCAGACAUCCUCUUUAUUGUAGUCCUGUGUCACAGAUGUCCUGCAACUAUGCUUCAAAAAAUCAGCCCCUAACAUAUGCCAGCAGUUCAUGGCUGGGGUUGAUGCUGGGGUGAGCCAACUCGAAACCCUGAACCUGGGACUGGGUGGUAGCUGAGAUGGUCAGCCCACCCACUCUCCUGCACCUGUGUACCAGGGCCAGCUCUCCAGCACUGCCCUUGAGAGCUAUAGGGCCCGCUCACCUGAGUGCCACAGCUGGCAAGGGGUGGAGCCACCUUUCAGGCUCUGCUACCCAGGACAUUGUCUAAACCAGUGAUUGAUAUGGGAGAGCCCAGCAUCUGCAUCAGCUCCUGCAUCCUGGUUCCUGCACUGUUUGAGUUCUUUUCCAGGCUUCCUUCAAUGCUGACUACACUGUGGAAAUGUAAGCCAAAUAAACCCUUUUCUUCAGAA